AUGUUUGAAAUGAGUAAUUAUUGCAUAGCUGAUCUCAAUUAUUAUAUCUAUCCAACCACAUAGCUAGCCGAGAGCGGCAAUGCUGCCACUGUGGUCGCUGCAAUUUCCUUUACUACAUACAUCUACGACAAACAAAGAAAGAAAGAAAGAAAGAAAGUAAGUGACUUAUUAUUCGCAUCGCAUGUGAUCACUGUCCUCACUCUCCUCAUCUCCCAAGUUCUUGUUUCUAAUUACUUCCUUUCCUAGAAAACAACCAAGUCCUAAUUUAAUUUGUGGAGCUGGCAUUGUUUUGGAGUCCGUUACAAUUUGAUCAGGGGAGACGAUUGUAUGAGAAUGUAUGCAUAAACACUAACACUUUACACGUCCCUCUUUCCUUUCUCUGUUUAUCUUCCUUGCAUAAAGCUCAGAAUUCUCCUUCAAUUCUAAGCAGGGGGAAAACUCAACCCAACCCAACCAAACCAAAUCAAAUCUUCAAAACAAGAAAAGGAAACUCAAACUUUUCCUCUCCACUCGUUUGGAUCGGUUGCCAUUUCCUUGAUUCGCAGCUUAUAGAAGCUUCUAGCUAACUAAUUAAAAAGGAAUCUGGGAGUGUUGUUCACUUACUUACGUACAGGUACGUAGCAGCAGCUAGCGUGAGUUCCCUUUCCUGCCAUCCUUGCACCAUUAUAUUCCCCUUCUCCGUCACCGUAAAAAUCACAUUAUUGGUCGCUAAUAACAAGGCUUUUCAGUGACGCUUUUUUUAAACUGCUGAUACAGCGAAAAAAAUUAUUUCCGACAAUGGCGGAUUGUUUGUUUUUGGGUUUGCUGUCUCUUGGAUGUUAGUUUGGUCAUCCCUUCCUCUACGUACAAUUGUUUUUAUUUUUUUAAGAUUACAAAUCUCAUUCCUCCAGAAACAAAACUACCGAGGCCGGUUUGUUCGUCCCCGGAAAUUAGGUCGUGACAUAUAUAUUUCUUUGGUUUUUAUGGCAGGAAAUUAAAUUAAAUACGAUGAUCAGUACUAGUGCUGUUUCUGAAUGCUAUCAGUCCCUGAAGACCUACUGCCACCAGAUAUGCGGGGAUGUGUUGACCCUACUAAGACCAAGUAGGAUGACGAAGCUAGCCAUCAUGGCUUCAUAUCCAUUCUGCCUCUACGGCUAUGAUAUCGCGGUGCUGCGUGCAUCCGGGUCCAUUGUCGCGGAUUUGGGCCUCAGCAAGAAUCAGAUGGCCGUAUAUGCGGCCGGACUGAGCAACGGGGGCUACGCGUUAGGAGCCCUCGUGGCCGGCGGGGCAGCAAACUGGCUUUGCGGCCGUCGGUACUUCCUCGGCUGUGGAGGCGGCCUCUACGUUGUGGGAGCUGUCCUGGUAGCCUUCACCGACGACUGGGUGGCGUCCAUGUGCGGCCGCGCACUCUCCAGUUUCGGCGUCGGGAUGGGUCUCCUCGUUGGCCCCAUCUUCAUCGCCGAAACUGCACCCUCUACGACACGCGGCUACCACGGUGCCAUCCCUCAGGUACUGAUGAUGGCGGGAGCCGCGUCAGCAUAUGUGUUGGAGUCUGCACUUUUGUGGGCCCCUUCACAUAUAGCUUGGAGAGUGAGCCUGGGAAUUACCGCGCUGCCCACAGCCUUGUUCGUCUACUACGCGCUGUUCCGACUCACUGCCGCCGACGACACGCCCUGCUGGCAGUUCAUGUUCGGCAAGCUGGCCUCCGCGGAGCGACAGAUGGAAUUAUGCGGAGCCACGGGAACGGAGCCGUACACCAGGAGGGAACAGCUGGAACGGGUAGCGGGGUUCCCGAUGUUCGCCAUCGUCAAUUCCAGCCACGUGGAGGCCUUCCCGAGGAGGAUACCGGGGUGCUGGGCCCAACUGAAGGAGCGAGGCCGUCCCCACCUUCGCGACAUGUUCGCCACGUCAGCGCUGCUUGUCGCCCAGGAGGCAACCUGCGAGGAGCGACGGACCCUCGUCCACUUUGUCCCUACGCUCCUCAUUCGAAACGGGGGGCUGACGUCCAGGCUGGCCUCUUCGAUCGCGGGGCUAAUGCUGGCAGUAAUCAAGCUGCUCACCACGCUGGCGUCGAUGGAGGCUGCGAGUUGGUCCAUGGCGGGGCGUAAGGAGCUGCUGCUCGUGAGCAUUGGCGUGGCUGGGUGCGCGCUCGGGUCCCUCAGCGGGACCACCUUCGCCGAUGCGCACGGGCGGCUCGAUGGUGGCACGACCUUCGCGCUGUGCUGCCUCGAGCUGGUCGUGCUGGAGGCCGGGAUCGCCUUCGGACUGGGACCCAUCCCUUGGAUGUAUGGUCCGGAGGUGUUCCCCCUGGCCGUACGAGCCCCCAGCCUCGCACUUUGCCUCACGCUUAAAUUUGCAGUUGCUAUGCUUGUAGACAUGACUCUUCCUUUGUUGUACCCCACAUCGACUGAGGGGGUUUGGGUGCGCUUUCUAGUUGCUUGCGGGGUGACAGUAGUUAGCUUCUUAGUUUCGUGUAGGGUUGUGAGGAAGACCACCUGCAGAGUGCUCAUGGAUGAGCCAGAGUAGAUCGAUGAUUGUCUUUUUUUUUUUUUAUAAUUCCCCUCUCUUUUAUAAAAAAAAUUAGAUGCUUUAUCAUUAAUGUAUGGGUGCUAGUUUUUGUAAGUAAUGUAUGAGAAAUUUUCCAAGUGUCAGUUUAGCUCGAGAUAUUGACAUGACUAUGCGGGCACAAAUAGAUCACUAAAUUAGUAAAUUCCAUUGGCAAUCAGUAGUCCUCACAAGAAGGUUUCGAUUGUGGAGAAGUCUUGUAACAAGAUGGGCCUGGUCUCAACCUCAUUGCAGGCUAGCCCGAGUAAAGAGGCGUGCAGAAGGAAGGGUUGAAACACUAGUGAGAAACGGAUUGGGGCCCAGCCCAGUCAUGCUCGGCCCAGAGUGGAUGGCAUUUCAAAGGGAAACGCGGUUGUUGGAAAGAAAGCAGAGAAAGGAAUAAUGGUCUGUUUUCAGUGAAAUCUACUUAUCAUUUAGCUUUCUCUCAUCUUUGACCUGUUCCACGGAAAGUUGGAGUAUCAGUCAUUGAUUCGGCGUUAUGGAAAUGGGUUUGGACACGAAAACUUCCUCCAAAACUUCUAUUCUUCCUUUGGCAGUGCCUACAGCGGGUUCUUCCAACUCGAGAAGCUUUGGCGACGCGUGGAAUGGAUCUUCUACCCGUGUAUACCGCUUGUGGACGACGAGAAGAAACUUUAGAACAUCUCUUUUUCUCUUGUCCUGUGGCUCGUAGGUUGUGGAGGAUCACUGGAUUCCAAUCUCGGUUACAGACUUGGAAGUUAGGAUCAUUUGCAGGCUUCAUCCGCCACUCCCUCUGCAAUUACAAUGAACCUGAUGCUGAUUACUUCUGCUUAUAGGUAGUGUGUCUUCUUUGGCGUUUGUGGAAAAAUCGGUGCUCUGUUUUCUUUGAUCGUAAACAGGUACGAAUUGAAACGUUAGCAGCGCAAUGGAGACAUCAAGUAUCUGAAGCUGAUUUAGCAAUUCAUCAAUCGAAUCAUUCUGCUAGCGCUACUCUGGGCUCUACUCCGAAUGGGAUUUUGAGUGUGCAUGUGGCAAAUGGGUUCCAAUAUGUAGUUACCUUCGAUGGGGCUACUCGUUUGGGUUUGCUGGGUACAUCAGCUUUUGUGAUCAAAGAUAGCUCUGGUUGUCUUCUCUCGGCGCAAGCUCGGCAAUGGGAUGGUGUGAAUGAUGCGUUGGUGUUGGAGGCGCUUGCGUUGCGGGACGUUUUGCUUGAAUGUCAGAGGAGGAAUCUUCAUUCAGUUAGUGUGGCUGGGGAUGCGAAGAUCAUAAUUGACAAGUGUUGUGCCAGAGAUUUUCACCAUUCCAAAGUCGGUAUUCUUCUGAAGGAAAUAUGUUGCUUGCUGGAUGAUUUACCGGAUUACUCGCUUAGGUUCAUUGGUCGUUCUAAGAACAGGGAAGCUCAUUCUGUGGCUCGUCAUGCCCUGUUCAUGUCGCCCCGUAUAUUUAAGGGGUUCGACUUCGUUUCUUGGUUCCGAUGUAUGUAAGGAUCCUUUUGUAUCUUUUUCAGAUAAUGUAUCUUUUUCAUUCCCCGCUUCUGGGGUUUUGAAUGACAAAAAAAAAACAGAGAAAGGAAUAACUGGCUGGAGGUGGACUUUUGAGUUUUGGCCGGCGGUUAUGGAGUGGAGGUGGUGUAUAUCCCGUGGUCGAUUGUAUCUCGCGGGGAGCCCUUGUAUUUUGUAGAAUGGACUGGGCCGCUGGAAAAGGGUUGGGCUGACAUUUUUUUUGGGCAGGCAUUUUUUUGGGCUGUUAGUUCAUGAAGUUGUAGUUGUGAUUAAACUACUAAUCGCAAAAUAGCUAAUAUCACUUUCACAUCACAACUGUAUAAAUAGUAUUUUUAUUC